CUGGCUUUCAGUCUGACGCGAUAGCUCGGGGGAUCUUUGAACCAACUCCAGGAUUCUUGAGUUGUGCACCCUUCACGCCUGUGAAUAGACUGCAGCUCCCGACCACCCAUAAUGCUUCUCCAACGACUUCAGGCUCUCCCAGAUCACACGGCAGAGAGGAGCCCCUACUACAUUCUAGCGGUCGUGUGCUCUGCAAUGUUUCUCGAUCUUGCGAACUUAAGUGCUAUUACAAUCGCACUUCCUACAAUCCAGACAGACUUCGGUAUCAACGUUGGCGAUCUUCAAUGGAUCAUCUCCGCCUACGCUCUAACGUUUGGCGGUUUCCUUCUGCUGGGUGGCCGCGGAGGAGACAUCUUCGGACAUCGUCGCGUUUUGCUCUUCGGCAUGGUUUUCUUCGCUCUGUUCAGUUUGGUCUGCGCUGUGGCUCCGACCUUUAUAGGACUCGUCAUCGCCAGAGCGUUCCAAGGGAUAGGUGCCGCUUUCACCAUCCCUUCAGCGCAGGCACAUAUUGCCCUGCAUUUCAGCGACCCAACGAAGAAAGCGAAAGCUCUUGGAAUAUGGGGUGCCGCAGGUUCUCUGGGUUUCAUCAUUGGACUCAUCCUUGGCGGUGUCCUUACGGCGUUCCUGGGCUGGAGGUGGAUCUUCUGGAUAUCUUUGAUCAUCUCAGGAAUCGUCAUCCCAGCGGCAUAUGUUGUCCUUCCACGGGCCCCCUCUCCUCGUGCUGUUACUCCUCAUCCUGUGGAUGGAGGAAGUACAGACGACAGCUCACCGGCGCCGAAGAAAGGGCUUCUACAAUCAGUCCGUGAGCGUCUGGUCCGAUUCGACGCUCUGGGCAUCUCUCUAGGUAUCCCGGGUAUUCUCCUCCUCACCUAUGCACUCACCUCCGCCAACACCGAAGGUUGGGACGACGCUAAGAUCAUCGCUACUCUUGUGGUAUCUGUUGUCUUGCUUGUCGUCUUCAUCCUGCAUGAACGCUCCGCCCCUCAGGCAAUUCUGGCUCCCCAUCUGUUCCGCAACCUAUCCUUCAACCUCACGUUGAUCCUUGCCGUCAACACAUACGCCGUACGACAAGCAUGUACCUAUUUUCUUACUGUCCAGCUCCAGUCCUACGGCGCUAGUGCCAUCCACACCUCGGUUCUCUUCAUCCCACUCGGCGUGAGCGCCCUCAUCUUCAAUACUCUCUCGGGUCGUCUCGUUCCGAUUCUCGGCGCAAGGGCUAUGUUCAUCAUCGGCUGGGCCCUUUCCAUCCCCGGCAUCCUCCUCUUUAGCUUCAUCACCGAGCACACUUCGUACUGGCGCUACACCUUCCCUGGGAUGAUCCUUUACAUCGCCGGCAUCGGCGCCGUGUACAUCACCGCCAACUUCGUCGUCGUCUCUUCCGCGUCCAAGUCAGACCAGGGCGCUGCCGCCGGCGUCUUUAACGUAGCGCUGCAGGUCGGCGGCAGCGUUCUGGGCCUGGCCGUGCUGACCGCCGUCGCAGAAGGCAUUGAGAAGACACACGGCGAUGCGGGUCUUCCUCAGGGUGAACUUAGUGACAUUGGGUAUAGGAGCGUGUACUACAGCUGCGUUAUCUUGAGUGGCAUCGGCCUCUUUCUUAGCGUUUUCGCUAUCAAGGUGCCGGAUAGCAUGCGCGGAUCGGUUUGGAAGGGGAAGAUUGAUGUAAGUGCCGUUACUGAGACCUCUUCGUCCCAUGAGCUACAGCCCACCCAGUCACGGCAGAGUUGAAUUUGGCAUGUUGCUUAGCCAAAGCUGCUUCGUUUGUGGCGAGCUUACGCAUUAGAAUUACGGGUGAUAGGGUUGGAGAAACAAGAAGAAGUAAUCGUUUAAUAUUAUCAGGUUAGCAACGGGGAAAUUCCAUAAACGCAAGAUCUGCGUUUUCUUUCAGAAGUCCCAUCUUUCUCGUACGACCCGUGUUAGCUCCUUUGCAGGCAGCGAGAGAGACUGCGUCUCGUAGAUCGUUUAUGGAAUAUCUCAGGC